AUGAUUCCAGUGACAGAAGGAUCGGAGAAGAAUCCCGAUGUAGGAGAAACAAUUGACGGAAGAUCGAAAAAGAGUCAAAAACGGGUGGAAAGGAGUCAGAAAAUGAAGGGAUACGUAUUGGACAAGGAUAAAAGUGUUCGAAGAUUAGAAGACAGAAGUAAAUAUGAAGGAAAAACGAGUGCUCGAUACAAAAGAACAGCUGGAACAGAUAUGAAUGGAUCUUUGAAAACUGCAAAAUCUCCACAUAAAGGCAAAAAAUCAAAGAAAUCGGUUAGAGAAAUGAAAUCGGACAAAUCGAAAAGCUCAAAGAAAGAAAAGAAAAGUGUACAGGAAAAACUGAAAUUGGAAAAGAAAAAGUCAUCGAUUCGUCAGAAAAAUAAGAAAAUUGAAGUCGAAGAGCCAGAUUCCAAAAAGGAGGCUCAAGGAGAGUCAGAAGUGAAGAAGCCGAAGAAAUUUCAUAAAAUUAGAAAACCCUUCAACAAUUUAUUCAAAUUGAAGAGAAAACGAGCUAGAAACGAUGUCCAGGUGGCAGAGAGGAAUGGAACGUGGGCAUGA